CCGGCGAGCUCUGGUUUCAAUCCGCCCGGACCCGGUGCCUUUAUCCGGGCACCUUUUUACCUUGAUCUCGCCUCGUCCUCGUCCUCGUCCUCCUCCUCCUCCUUCUCAGCGACCUCCUCAAGCCCCUCGCCGUGGGGUUCUCCGACCGCAACCAUGGCGACCGCAGUUACUCCCCCGCGGGCUCUUAUCCCGUUCUUGGUGGCCAUGAUGCUGUUCACGGGCGUGUGCAACACGCUCCUGACCAAGUAUCAGGACAACCAAUGCGUCCGCGACUGCGACAACCCCGACCCCAAGAAGCGCCAGCACUUUGAGCAGCCCGUCAUCCAGACCCUGCAGAUGUUCGUCGGCGAGAUGGGUUGCUGGCUCGUCGUCGGCCUCAUCUCUCUCUACCGCCGCUACGUCGGCGGCACCACCUCGCCCUCCUCGGCGAGCUACCAACCCAUCGCCACGGUCGACAACGAGAACAACGACGCCGACGCCGACGCCGACGCCGACGACGGCGCCAGCAUCCACUCCACCACCGCCCUCAACCCGAACCGGUCGUCGUCGGGCGGCAACAACAACAACAACAGCAACAGCAACAGCAGCAGCAGCAACAUCAACGACUGCGGCGUCCCCAAGCCCCACGACUGCCCCUCGGUCCUCCGCGGCUGGCGCGUCACCCUGCUCGCGCUGCCCGCCAUCUGCGACAUCCUGGGCACGACGCUCAUGAACGCCGGCCUGCUGCUCGUGGCGGCGUCCAUCUACCAGAUGACGCGGGGCGCGCUGGUGCUCUUUGUCGGCCUGUUCAGCGUCGUCUUCCUGCGCCGCCACCUGCACCUCUUCCAGUGGUUGUCCCUCGUCGGCGUCAUGCUGGGCGUCGGCGUCGUCGGCCUGGCCGGCGCCAUCCAGCCGGACCCGAAGCACCACCACGCCGUCGAGCCCCAGGGCUUCAGCGCCGACGCCCUCCGCGUCAUCCUGGGCGUCCUGAUGAUCGCGGGCGCCCAGAUCUUCACCGCAACCCAGUUCGUCCUGGAGGAGUGGAUCCUGGAGCGCUCCGCCAUCGAGCCCCUCCGCGUGGUCGGCUGGGAGGGCAUCUUCGGCUUCUCCGUCACCCUGCUGGGCAUGGUGGUGCUGCAUGCCGUGGUGGGCAGGACCGAGGCCGGGAGGAACGGGCCGUUCGACAUGGUCGAGGGGUGGCGGCAGUUUUGGGAGUACCGGCCCGUGUUCGUCUCGAGCGUCUUGAUCAUGAUCAGCAUCGGCGGGUUCAACUUCUUCGGCCUAUCGGUCACGCGCAGCGUGAGUGCCACGGCGCGCUCGACCAUCGACACGUGCCGCACCCUCUUCAUCUGGAUGGUGUCGCUCGGCCUCGGCUGGGAGACGUUCAAGUGGCUGCAGGUGGUCGGUUUCGCCCUGCUGGUCUACUCGACAUUCCUCUUCAACGGCGUCGUCCAGCCGCCCUUUGAGUUCCUUCGCGUGCGUGAGGUGGAGGAGCUACUGCCCGAGGAGCCGAUUGAGCACAAUUAAAGGUAUGAUCGGUAGCCUGUGACGGAAAGCGUCGCUCUUGGCCCUCCUGGCAUGUGUAUAGACGCAUAAACGGCAGUCUGGCCGUACUGGCGUGGGAUUCCGCGGUAGAUACGGGGACAGAUUUUAUUCCUUGGAAGGUCGUAUAAGGGGUGAGGUGAGGUGUGCCUGUGUCUCGCAUGGGAAUCUCGGGACAGGCGCAGACACCGGUCAUGGGUUCAUUGAACUCGUCCAGGCAGGGCGAGCAAUCUGUGCUAACGGAGUGACGGCGUCUGGGUUUUUAUAAUCAACAUGUGUGUGUCUUUUAAACUCAUUCAGUGUGUCUUCAGGCCUAUGUGACCCGAAAUUUGCCUGCCGGUGGAUGGCUGGACCUAUAUGACAACCUCACGAGAGACCUUUCAGAAACUCCCGGGUUACCCGGACUGCUUGUUCCAAGUUGUUGGUCGUUUCAUUGUAGAGGCAUGCGCCGCCCUAUGUCGGCAGCCCAAGAAGAGACAAAA